UCAGGUGAAGGCUAACGACCCUGCUGCAGGGUCCAACUCGGAGCUUUCAGUCAUGGUCUUCGAGUCUCUGGUCAGUGACCUGCUCAACAGGUUCAUCGGAGACUACGUGGAGAACCUGGACAAGUCCCAGCUCAAGAUCGGGAUCUGGGGAGGAAAUGUUGUGCUGGAGAACCUGAAAGUGAAGGAAAAUGCUCUGAGUGAGUUCGAUGUUCCAUUCAGAGUGAAGGCUGGACAGAUUGGGAAGCUGACGUUGAAGAUUCCCUGGAAGAAUCUCUACAAUGACGCUGUGGUGGCCACGUUGGACGGUCUGUACCUGCUCGUUGUUCCUGGAGCCAUUCAAUCUAAGGUGAAAACGUGUCCAUAUAACGCCAUAAAAUACGACGCAGCGAAGGAAGAGCGUUACCAGCAGGAGGUGAAGCAGAGAGAGCUUCAGCGCAUUGAGGAGGCGCUACAGAUGGCUGCACACAGAGAGAAACCUCCGGAGGAAAAGAAGGACACGUUUGUGGAGAAACUGGCCACCCAGGUGAUCAAAAACCUGCAGGUCAAGAUUAGCAGCAUCCACCUGCGCUACGAGGACGACCUGUCGGACCCACAGCGCCCCCUGUCUAUGGGCCUAACACUGUCAGAGCUCAGCCUGCAGACCACUGAUGAAAACUGGAAGUCCUGUAUUCUGAACGAAGCAGCAAAGAUCAUCUACAAGCUCGGCCGUCUGGAGUGUCUCUGCGCCUACUGGAACGUCAACAGUCCGAUCUUUUACAAAGGAUCGUGGGAAGACAUUGUGGAUCAGCUGAAGUGUGGGAUCAGCAGUAAAGAUCAGGAGCUUCCUCACUACCAGUACAUUUUCAAGCCCAUCUUCGCCUCGGCCAAAAUGUGCAUCAACCCGAAUGCUGAGCUGGAACUGAAAAAUCCAAAAGCAAAUCUUCACCUGGAGGUUCAGAACAUCGCCAUAGAGAUGACCAAACCACAGUAUCUGACCAUGGUGGAGCUGCUGGAGUCCAUUGACUGUAUGGUGAAGAACGCCCCCUACAGGAAGUUCCGGCCGGACGUCUGUGUCCACAACAGCGCCAAACUCUGGUGGAAGUACGCCUUCAACAGCAUCCUGGAGGUCCACAUCAGACGUCUCAGUCACAUGUGGUCAUGGUCCAACAUCAGACAGCACCGAGAGAACCUGAAGGCCUACAAGACCGCCUAUAAGACCAAACUGCUGAGCCAGAACAAGCUGAACCAGGAUACCGAGCGAAACAUCCAGGAUCUGGAGAAAGUUCUGGAUGUCUUCAACAUCACUUUGGCCCGUCAGCAGGCUCAGAUAGAGGUGAUCAGAUCGGGACAGAAGGUGGUGGGGAAAAAGGCGGUGGGGGGGCAGAAGCAGGGAGGAGGAGGUUUCUUCAGCAGCUUCUUUGGUAGAAAGGCCAAGAAGGAGGAGCAGGAGCCAGAGGAGAGCAAGGAGAGAGAGGGUUCCGGGUUGGACGAUCUCAUUACUGCUGAAGAAAAAGAAAAACUUUACACUGCCAUCGGUUACAGUGGCAGCUCUCACAACCUCGCUUUGCCCAAACAGUACGUUGCGGUAGUCAUCACUUUCCAGUUGUUCAGGACCUCGGUGACAGUCAGAGAACAGCCAGACGUCCCAGAGAUCCUCAAGGUCCAGAUGAUCGACCUCAGCACCAAAAUAUCUCAGAGACCUGGAGCUCAGGCUUUCAGGGUGGAGGCAGCGCUGCAGCACUGGUAUGUUACAGGUUUACAGCAGCAGGGGGCGGUACCUUCGCUCAUCGCCUCGGUGGGAGACUCGUCUUCCUCUUUGCUCAGCUUCGUGUUUGAGUUGAAUCCCGAGGACAGCGCCGCCGACCAGCUGCUCAGAGUCCACUCUCAGCCUGUCGAGAUCAUCUACGACGCGUUGACAGUGAACAGUUUGACCGAGUUCUUUAAGACGGGGAAAGGGGUUGAUCUGGAGGUCCUGACCUCGGCCACGCUCUCCAAACUGGAGGAGAUCAAAGAGAAAACCGCCACAGGUUUGUCUCACAUCAUUGAGACCAGGAAGGUCCUGGACCUGAGGAUUGACCUGAAGCCAUCGUACUUGCUGGUACCAAAGUCUGGUUUCUAUAGCAACACGUCGGACCUCAUUAUUGUCGAUUUUGGCAGCUUGCAGUUGAACAGUGUCGAGCAGAGCGGCCUCAGUUUGUCUUCGUCCUCCUUCUCCUCUUUGGAGGAAAUCAUGGACCGAGCCUAUGAAAGAUACAAUGUGGAGCUACGAAGAGUCCAGGUGCUCUACAGCAAGUCAGGUGAGGCCUGGAAGUCGGCUCGGCUUCAGGGUUCAUCAGUUCAACACAUCCUCCAGCCAAUGGACUUCACUGUCCAGCUCGCCAAGUGUAUGGUGGAGAAGGAUGCCAGGAUGCCCAGGUUCAAGGUGUCUGGUGAGCUGCCACUGCUGCAUGUUAAGAUCUCGGACCAGAAGAUCCAGAAUGUUCUGGACCUGGUGUACAGCAUCCCGCUACCCAACAUGGGCUCCUCCCCCUCCACACCCACAGGAAAGGUGCUGUCGCUGGCGGAGGCCAGACCACAAGCACUCAGCCUUCACCCCGCACUCCUGGGGGCCAUGGAAACAGAUUCAGACGAAGACACCAGCGAGAAGUCGACAGAUGAGGAUCGCCAGUGCUCGGCUCUGGAGGAGCUCACUGACCUUCACUUCAAGUUUGAAGUCAAAGAGGUGCUGUUGGAGCUGACCCGGCAGGUGGACCAGGAGAAGACCAUCCUGUCCUUCAGUGUCAGUCAGCUGGGAACUGAAGGGAAGAGGCGGAGCUUUGACCUGAGCGUCACCUCUUACCUGCGCAGAGUCACACUCGACUACUGUGACAUACCAGAUGGCAGGAAACAUCCUCUACACCUGAUCAGCUCCUCAGAGCAGCAGGACUCUGACCUCCUGAAGGUGGAGUUCAUCAAGGCUGACCCCAGUGGUCCCAGCUUCCAGACGCUGUUCAGCAGCACCGAGCAGACCCUGAAGGUGGAGUUUUCCUCUCUGGACUUCCUCCUUCACACAAAAGCUCUGCUGUCAACCAUCAACUACAUAAACAGCGCCAUGCCGCCACAGCUCACCGUCGCCCGUGACCGUGACACCAAAAAACAAGUGGAGAGGAGCGGACAGGGCCGGACAGUGUCUAAAGGAACCAAAGAUAGCAGUGUGUUUACCUUCAAGCUGUUCGCCAUGUUGGGUUGUUUCCACGUGGAGGUGUGUGACAGUCGCUGCAGCAUAGCUGACAUCAGAAUCCAAGGAAUCGAUGCGUCGGUCUUGGUGCAGGCGAAGGAGACGGAGGUGUUUGCUCGACUUAGAGAUAUCGUCGUCACAGACGUCAACCCCAAAACCAUCCAUAGAAAGGUGGUGUCAAUCAUGGGCGAGGAAGUGUUCAGCUUCAAACUGUCCUUGUUUCCGGGGGUGACGGAGGGCGAGGGUUACAGCGACACAUCGAAGGUGGACGCGAAGGUCACGUUGCGCCUGGGCUGCAUCCAGAUCGUUUACCUGCACAAGUUCCUCAUGUCACUGCUGAUGUUUGUCGACAACUUCCAGACGGCUAAAGAAGCUCUGAGCGCUGCGACGGCUCAGGCGGCGGAGAAGGCAGCGUCCAGCGUUCGAGGCUUCGCCCAGAAGAGUUUUCGUCUAUCCAUGGACAUCAAACUGAAGGCUCCGCUCAUCGUCAUCCCCCAGUCUUCCACCUCCCAUGAUGCCGUGGUGGUGGAUCUGGGUCUGAUCACGGUGGGAAACAGCUUCUCUCUGCUGCCGGCUGAAGGUUUCUCUCUGCCAGCUGUUGUGGAGAAGAUGGACGUCAAGCUAACUCAGCUGAAACUCUCAAGAACCACACUGAAGCAGGGCUCCUCUCAGCCAGACAUUGAGAUUCUCCAGCCAAUUAACCUGGAGCUGCUCGUCACCAGGAACCUGGCUGCUUCCUGGUUCACCAAUAUCCCUGGAGUCCAGGUCCAGGGAGUCCUCCGGUCCCUCAAUAUGAGUCUGGGUGAAGAAGACCUUGGUGUGCUGAUGAAGAUUUUUGUCGAGAACAUCGGUGAGGGGAGUAAAGAGCACAGCAUGGACGUCAAACGACAGUUGGCACAAGAGAAGGCCGAGCUUGCUGAGCAGCAGGUGCAGGCGGUGUUGUUACAGAAGGAAUCUGAAGGUGUGGUGGCCCCCACCAAUGGAGAUCUGACUGAAAACGUGAUCAACAUUCACCUCAGCUUUGAAAUCAAAGAGUUGCUGCUGACCCUGAAGAAGCCCAAAGAGCAGAAGGAGUCACCUUUCUUGGUCUUUCAUGUGGCUCACCUGGGCAUUGACACCAAAGUCAGAAAGUACGACAUGUGUGCUACAACAUACAUCAACAAGAUCACCAUGAAGUGCCUGGAGUUCAAAGACUCAAGUGGCGAGCCGCUUUGUCUCAUCAGCUCUUCUGUGGAGUCUGGAGCUGAACUACUCAAAGUGCAGUAUUUCAAGGCCGACCGUUCGGGGCCAAACUUCUCCACAGACUACAAGAACACUGAACAGAUGAUCAAUGUGACCUUCACCUCACUUGACCUCAUGCUCCAUACUGAGGCUCUGCUGUCAGCAAUCAACUUCCUGUCAGCAGCGCUGUCCUUUGGCAGCCUCUCGUCUCCAGAGAGAGAGAUCAGACCAAAGACAGAGGACAAGACGAUGUCCGCCAAGUCCACCGCCCUUGUUUCACCUGCAGACAGUGAGGUCAUAGACCUGAAGGUGAUGGUGACACUGGGAGCCUUCAAUGUCCUGGUGUGUGACCAGAGCUGCAACAUGGCCGACAUCAAGAUCCAAGGUAUUAAUGGCUCUUUGCUGAUGCAAGGAUCACAAACUCAUUUAUCAGCCCGCCUGAGAGAUUUCAUCGUCCUCAACGUUGAUCCCAAAAACAUCCACAAAAAGGCCAUCUCCAUCGUGGGUGAUGAGGUGUUCAGCUUCACCAUGAGUCUGACUCCUAACGCCACAGAGGGCGCCAGUUAUGCCGACACCUCCAAAACUGAUGGCAGAGUGAAGCUGAAUGUAGGCUGCAUCCAGGUGGUUUACCUGCACAAGUUCAUCAUGUCUCUGCUGAAUUUCACCAACAACUUCCAAACAGCUAAAGAAGCCCUGAGCGCGGCGACGGCUCAGGCAGCAGAGAAGGCAGCAUCCAGCGUUCGAGACUUUGCCCAGAAGAGUUUCCGUCUGUCCAUGGACAUCAAUCUGAAGGCUCCGCUCAUCAUCAUCCCCCAGUCCUCCACCUCUCACAAUGCACUUGUGAUGGACCUGGGUCUCAUCACGGUGGGAAACAGCUUCUCUCUGCUGCCAGUUGAAACAUGCCCACUGCCAGCCAUCAUUGACAACAUGGACGUCCAGCUGACACACCUCAAACUCUCCAGAACCUGCCUGGACCAGGCAUCUGGUCAACCCAGCACAGAGCUGCUGGAACCAGUAAACCUGCACUUGAACAUCAAGAGGAACCUGGCAGCGUCCUGGUACAAGAAGAUGGUCGCUGUGGAGAUCAAUGGAGAUCUGAAGCCCAUGAAGGUGGAGCUGAGUCAGGAUGACCUGAAGGUGCUGCUGAGGAUCCUGAUGGAGAAUCUGGGAGAGGCCGGCAGUCUGGAGCCCAUUGCUCCGAGACAAGAGGCCAGUCUGCAGCUCCGAGCAGCCGCAGGCCCCUCGGCAGGUGUUAUUGAGAAGCCAACUGUAAGCACUGAUGAAGAGGAGGACGAAGCCCUGGAGAGUAUGAAGUUUAACUUCAACAUAGAGUCUCUUGGUCUGGUUCUGUACAGUGACGACCCAAAACAGCCAUCAGACCUGCAGCACCAGGAGAAGCUCCGACUGGGCGAGUUUGCCCUCCACCAACUGAAAACUUCAGGGAAGAUCCUGACCAAUGGCAGCAUGGAGGUGACCACUGUCCUCACCGCCUGCACGCUGGAUGACCUGAGGGACAUGGAGCGGGUGACCUCACGGAUGGUGGGUCGGAGAGAUGAGGAGAGCCCUGAGGCAAUGAUCGAUGUAACGUAUCGACACUGUGCUGCGGAACGGGAGGUGGUGGCUGUUCUGCAGAAAUUUUACCUGUGUGCCAGUGUGGAGUUUCUGAUGGCCGUCGCAGAUUUCUUCUUGCAGGCUCUGGCACAUAGUUCGUCUCUGACCACCGCCUCUGCGCAGAGCAACAGACUGCCACUGAGACAGACCACUGAGCCUCGAGCCAAUGCCAAGACAGCGUUGGCAUUUCGGACUCGUCUUCGGGCAGUGGUGGUGGACCCGGAGGUCGUGUUUGUGGCCAGCCUGAUGAAGGCUGAUGCCCCCGCCCUCCUGGCCUCGUUUCAGUGUGACUUCACCUUGCAGACCGAAGAGGACGGUACACAGAACACAAGAGCCAACCUGAGGGAGCUGAAAGUCCUUGCGUGCCCAUUCAUCCGAAACAAGACGUCCAAUGCCGUCACCACCGUGUUGAGACCCUGCUCAGUUGCCCUGGAAACUAAAACCCAGCCGAACCAACCGCUGAGUGGCUCUGUGAUGGUGGAGGAAGUUAUCGUCAAGAUCUCUCCAUUCAUCCUCAACACAGUGACGACAAUAACGGCUGCAAUGACGGCGAAGCAGCACGACGAGCAGAAUCAGGAGUCGAAGUCAAAUGUCAGUGACCUCUGGUCGCCAAUGAACAUCUAUGGCUGCAACUUCUGGUUCCUGGGAGUGGACCAGGCCACCGAGGUCACAGAGAGCUUCAGAGAGCAGGACGGAAGCAGUGAGGGCGAGAGCUUCGCUGCAGAGAUAAAGGUGGUCCAGGUGACUCUGGAGUCCGGGUUGGGUCAUCGGACCGUCCCUCUGCUGCUGGCUGAGUCCUCCUUCAGUGGAUCGGCAAAAAACUGGUCCUCUCUGCUGCAGCUGAGAGGCGACAUGACGCUGGAGGUGAACUACUUUAAUGAAAUCCAUGCGGUUUGGGAGCCUCUGAUUGAACGAGUCGACAGCGGCAGACGCAGGUGGAACCUGGAGCUCGAGAUGAAGAACAACCCAGUCCAGGACAAGAGUCCAGUUCAUGGAGAUGACUUUGUCAUUCUUCCUGAACCUCGCACGGCCAUCAACAUCUGCUCCAAAGACACCAUGAACAUCACCGUCUCCCAGUGCAGCCUCAAUGUUUUACACAACCUUGCCAAGACGUUCUCAGAGGGCACUGCCUCUACCUUCGACUACUCGCUGAAGGAGAAGGCCCCCUUCACCAUCAGAAACUCCCUUGGGAUUCCUCUCAUUGUGCAGCACAGCGCCAGCCUGAGGCCAGUGGGUUCACCGGCGCAGGGAAAACUACACGAGCUGCCUGUGGAUCACAGCAUGGACCUGGAGCACUCCAUGUACAAAUCGUCAUCGCGAGGCAAACUGUCGGCUCUGCAGCGGCAAGAGAGCUGCCUGUUCAACCUCACAAUCGUUCCCUCCGGAUACAGUGAGAUCUCCAACAUAGCCGUAGACAAACCAGGUCGCCGUCUCUACAACAUCCGUGGUCCGAUGCUGCAGGAGGCAGUUUCUGUGCUGCUGCAGAUCGACGCCGCCGACGGUAACAAAGUCAUCACUGUCCGCUCCCCGCUGCAGAUCAAGAAUCACUUCUCUGUGCCAUUCACCAUCCUGAAGUACUGUUCAACCUCCAGGAGCCUACAGACUGUCGGACAGGCCGAACCGGAGAGAGAGCUUCACGUCGCCUUAGAAACAUAUAGAUGUCAGCUGUUUGUCCGUCCAGCGGGGUGUUUGGAUGGUCAGUACGGCCCGUCCUCCACCUAUGUGCCGUGGAAGGAGCAGGUGCACCGCAGCUCCGAGGUGCGUUCGCUGCUGCAGUGCCCGGCGACUGACAGCAGCCUGCUGCCGUUGAUGGUGAGCACACUGGCUGUCCCAGAUGACCUGCGACACAUCGCCAGCCACGGUGAGGAGGACUGGGACCCCGCCUACGUCAUCCACCUUAACCCUGUGGCCACGCUACGCAACCUGCUGCCCUACACACUCCGCUAUAUGAUGGAGUGCUCAGCAGACUCCUUUGAGCUUCAGGAAGGCAGCACAUCAGACCUCCUCAAUGCUCGCGUGUCAGGCGAGAUCAUGUCGUUGGUGCUGAUGAGGUAUCAGGGCCGCAACUGGCACGGGCACGUUCGUAUCGAGCAGGAGAUGCCCGAGUUCUUUUCCGUGUGUCUCACCUGCGACUCCGACACCGACAUGACGCUGGACGUGAGCGUUCAUGUGACGAGGACGGCCAGCCGCCUGCUGCUGUCCGUCUUCAGCCCGUACUGGAUCAUCAACAAGACGUCUCGAGUGCUGCAGUACAGAUCUGAGAACGUCAGCGUCAAGCACCCAGCGGACUACCGAGACAUAAUCCUGUUCUCCUUCAGGAAGAAGAACCUCUUCAGCAAGAGCAAGCUCCAGCUGUGUGUCUCUACCAGCUCCUGGUCCGAUGGUUUCUCUCUCGACACUGUUGGAAGUUAUGGCUGUGUUCGCUGUCCCGCCAACAACAUGGACUUCCUGGUGGGCGUUAGCAUCCAGAUGAGCAGCUUUAACCUGACGAGGAUUGUCACUAUGAGUCCUUUCUACACGCUGGUUAACAAGUCGUCGUAUGAGCUGGAGGUGGGAGAGGUCACCAGCCAAACCUCAACCAGGUGGCACUACAUCUCCUCCACUGAGUGCCUCCCUCUGUGGCCGGAGAACAGUUCAGGGAAGUUGUGUGUUCGUGUGGUCGGAUCUGAAUCCAUCUCCAAGUUCUUCUUUUUUAACCGGCAGGACAGUGGCACCCUUCUGAGCCUCGACAUGUGUGGAGGGAUCAUCGUGGACGUCAACAUCUCUGAUCUAUCCAUCGUCAUCAGCUUCAGUGAUUACUAUGAAGGAGCAGCUCCGGCCCUGCUGCUCAACCACACACCCUGGGUCACCAUCAGCUACAGGCAGAGCGGCUCGGCGGCGGUUCACCAGCUGAAACCCGGCGAGGCCCAGCGGUUCGUGUGGGACGACCCAGCCAGCGUCCGAACGCUCAGCUGGAGCUGCAUGGAACAUUCCGGAGAGCUGGACCUGCUGAAGGACGAAGUGGGUCAGUUCUCCUAUGACAGCCUGUCUCAGGUCCACUGGGUUUCCUUUCUGGAUGGGCGCCAGCGGGUGCUGCUGUUUACAGAGGAUGUUGCCGUGGUGACAAAGGCUCGGCAAGCAGAAGAGCUUGAACAGUUCCAACAGGAAGUGAAGGUGUCGUUGCAAAACCUCGGACUGUCACUGAUCAACAACACCAGCAGACAGGAGAUCGCUUACAUAGGCAUCACCAGCUCAGGUGUGGUUUGGGAGAUGAAGCCAAAGAAUCGUUGGAAACCGUUCAGUCAGAAGAACAUCAACCUGCUGGAGAAGACGUACCAGAGUCAGCUCAGUGGGAAGACAGAAGGGGGCUGGAUCAAACUGGACCCCAACCUGGAGGUGAAUCUCAGCCGAGCCACCAUGAUGAUGCGUCAGCCGUUUUCCUGCCCAGUGAGGAGGAACUUCCUGUCUGGGAUCCAGGUGGAGUUCAAACAGUCACAGCACCAGCGCAGUCUGAGGGCCCAGCUGCACUGGCUGCAGGUGGAUAACCAGCUACCAGGUGCGAUCUUCCCCAUCGUCUUCCAUCCUGUUCUUCCUCCAAAAUCCAUCGCUCUGGACUCAGAGCCGAAGCCAUUCAUCGACGUGUCCAUCAUCACCAGGUUCAACCAGCACAGCAACGUCAUGCAGUUCAAGUACUUCAUGGCUCUGGUUCAGGAGAUGGCGGUGAAGAUCGAUCAGGGUUUCCUGGGAGCCAUCCUGGCUCUGUUCACACCUGCCGCUGACCCCCAGGCCGACAGACAGAAGUCUCGGCUCAUAGAGAGAGAUCUGCAGCUGCUGCAGGCCGAGCUGAUGGAAGCGUCACUCACCGACACAUCUGGACUCAGCUUCUUUGAACAUUUCCACAUCUCUCCCAUCAAGCUCCAUCUCAGUCUGUCUCUGGGCUCCAGCGGUGAGGACUGCACUCAGGAGACAGCAGCCGUUCAGUCUCUCAACCUGCUGCUUAAAAGUAUCGGAGCCACGCUGACCGAUGUUGACGACCUCAUCUUCAAACUGGCCUUCUUCGAGGUGAAGUACCAGUUUUACCGCAGAGAGAAGCUGAUGUGGGCGGUGGUCCGACACUACACUGAACAGUUCCUGAAGCAGAUGUACGUUUUGGUUCUGGGUCUGGAUGUCCUGGGAAACCCGUUUGGACUGAUCCGAGGUCUGUCUGAGGGAGUAGAGGCCUUCUUCUACGAACCUUUCCAGGGGGCUGUUCAGGGUCCAGAGGAGUUUGCUGAAGGUUUUGUGAUUGGAGUCCGUAGCCUGCUGGGUCACACUGUCGGUGGCGCUGCAGGUAUGGUCUCCAGGAUCACAGGAUCGGUAGGUAAAGGUCUGGCAGCCAUCACCAUGGAUAAAGAGUACCAACAGAAGCGACGAGAGGAGAUGAACCGACCCCCCAAAGACUUCGGAGAGAGUCUAGCUAAAGGAGGAAAAGGACUGCUGAAGGGGGUUGUGGGUGGAGUUACAGGAAUCGUCACCAAACCUGUGGAGGGGGCGAAGAAGGAGGGAGCAGCAGGUUUCUUUAAGGGCAUCGGGAAAGGUUUGGUGGGCGUGGUCGCUCGGCCGACAGGCGGCAUCGUGGACAUGGCCAGCAGCACCUUCCAGGGCAUCCAGAGAGCGGCCGAGUCCACAGAGGAAGUGACCAAGCUGCGGCCGGUGCGUCUCAUCAGGGAGGACGGGAUCAUUCGACCGUAUGACCUGACAGAGUCACAGGGUUUUGACCUCUUCCAGCGUUCAGAGAUCAAACAGCUGGAAGGUGAAGUGUUCAGAGAUCAUUGUCUGUAUCCUGGAACCCGAAAGACCAACAUCAUCAUCACCAACAGGAGGGUUUUGUGUGUGAAGGAGAUCGACUUCGUUGGUCAUUUCAACAGAGAGUGGGAGUGUUUGUUUGAGAACUUCUACCGCCCCCCGGCUGUGACGGGAUCUGAGCUGAAGAUUUACUGCAAGGAGCAGCAGAGGUUGAAGCUGCCAAAGAGAGACGGUGUGGAGUCGGUGAGGAGCCUUCAGCUCAGAGACUCCAACACUGCUCAGAAGCUGCAUGCGGCCAUAUCAGACGCUCAGGUGGCGCAGCAGCAGCAUCGAAUGGCGAGACAGAAGUCACAGCGCUUCCUCAAACUGAACGACAAACAGUGAGGUCACUUCCUGUCCACCGCUCUUAUUACAUAUUUGAAGUGCAUCUUAAAUGAAGGCCUCAGGAAGCAUACACACUGUCUGGAUGUAAAUACAGACCGAAGCUACUGAGAUUAUUAUUAUUGUAUAUUUGUACUUUAUGGUCACCUGAACCUCCUCCUAUAAUCACAACCUCUGGUUUAUGAAAGGAGGAGUUCCACUGAGUUCUGAGGCUCCAUCGACUUCAUUAGCAUCUUUGUUUUAUUUACACUCAGUUUAGACUGUUUUUUUUAAGGUGGGGUUCAAAUUCACAUACUGCUUUAUUAUUGGAUAAAUGUUUAUGCUGCGUUGUUUGAAUAGAUGAAAACAGAAACACGUACGACACAAACGCCUGCUCAGGUGGACGAGUCCAUAAAAAGCUGACUCAGCAGGGUUGUGGGUUUAUUUUGAAUGUACACAUCGACAUGAUGCUGUGAGGCAUUCUGGGUAAAAAUCCUGGAAUCAUGUGAUCAUCGUUUAAACUCAUCCUCCCCCCCCAACAAUGACUUCCUGCACAAUCAUCAUGUUGAAUCUGCCUGCAGCUGAAAGCAAAAUGAAUCAAAAGUCAUUCAGUCGUCCUGAUUAUAAUGAUUCCAUCACAUCUGUCCAAAUAUCUGGAAACAAGCGCGUUGAGUUCUUUAUCUUUUUUUCCUUUAUACUUUAUAUUUUAUAUUUUUUAUUGAUUAUUAUUAUUGAAACAAGUCUCUUCUGUUCGAGUGUCUGCGCUCUCACAAGAUGACGAGAUGAAGCCAUAAAGAAAUUUUGCACUAAACAGAUAUUUACAAUAAUCGAUGUGUCGAUGAUGACAAAUGUCUGCUGUUGUUGAGCUUCAGACAAGUAAAAACAUGAAGAUCUGCAAAAAAAAAAUCUUAUUAGAAGAGAAUAAAAACUGGCACUUCAUGAUUCAGCGUCUUCAGAUGUUCUAACAAAGUCGAAAAUGAAAGAAAAAAUCUUUUGUCGGUUUCUAAACUGAAGAAUGAAGUCUUGUUUUUCAUUAAGUGAAAGUGUUUACAUGUGAAGUUUAAACCAGUUUAAACUAUUUUUCUGUUUUUGUCUUCAUGUCAGCGUUGUGACAGAAUCACCUGUGACCUGAAUAAACUUCUAUAAAGAUCGAA